UUCACAGCCCAUUGUAAGCAAUCAGGCAAAUAGAAGCUUGCAGUCUUGCAGUGCGCAGACACUUUCCAGAGAGCAAUGCUGAGUUUACUGGCAGCCAAGUCAGCAGACCGACAAGAAGUCAGGACAUAUUUUCAUAUUCUCAGACGGUAACACCACCAGUCUUCUGAAGCCCACUCUCUCUUUCUCUCUCCUGGGUGUGAUUGCUCUUGAAUGCACAUUCAGUCUCCUCUACUGGUGCUGGUGAAGAGCUGCAGAUGCACUCAACCACAGGCUUACUUUUCAGCCCGGCAUCUGACUCAACACAAGGCUGUACCCACGGGAAGAGGAUACACAUGUUUUAUUGACGGAGCUACAGGUGGUUUGAGUUUGACCUGCUUGUGGACUGGAGGGGUUUCUUUUCCUUUGUGGUGAGCGUCUUUAGAGACAGAAUGUUGCCUGUUUUUGUAACAUGCUUGGUAUUCACCCUGGUGCGCACCGGGCAGGCUCAGCAUGCCACACAGACGCAAGGGCAGAGCCAAAGCCACAGUCAGAAUCAGGGGCAGGACGGCUCUGCCACCCCUUGGAGACAGGUUAUCCAGUGGGAGAACAAUGGCCGGUUGUUUAGCCUGCUGAACAGUGGUGCUGAAUACAUUCCUGCUGGGGCAGAAACUCAGGACAGAGUUUCCCGGGUGGUGGUGGCGGACGCUCGUCCGCGCUUCCCGCGAAGACCUCAGGAAGGCAAUGUCCGAAGACAGGCUCCUUCAAGGGGAUCGUCUGAAACUGUCCGCGGGCAGGCAAGGCAUCCUUUCGGUUUUGGACAAGUGCCUGAUAACUGGAGGCAAACCACGGGCAGCACGGGUACCAGCCAGUUCCAGGGAUCCUCUAGCAGUCGCUUCCGGCCAGCCACAGGUUCUUCAUCAUCAUCCUCAUCCUUCUCAUCGUCUUCGUACAGCGUACAAGCCUACCCGCAGUAUCCGUUUCCCCAGCAGCCUCCCGUCCUGCCUUACGACCCGAGUUUCGGGGAAGGACCCGUCAGGAGCUAUGAGCCGCCGUUCCAGCCCAUUGGCGGAGGGUAUGGUGGUGGUGGCGGCGGCGGCGGUGGGUAUGGUGCAGGAGGGGUGUAUGCGGGAGGUGGAUAUGCAGCAGGUGUGGGCCCAGUCCUCCCAGGCUCUCCUUCUGACUUCACUGACGAAAGCUACCGCUACUACCAGGCUUAUGGGUACGGGGCGAAUCCCGUGGUGCCUGCCGCACGUGCUGUCCAGCCGCCAUUCAGAGAUGGUCUGGACCACAGAUACACCCACAGUCUCUUCAACGAAGAAUCUGCCCCUGCUGUACCUGUCCCCGCUGUCCCUGUCCCUGAUGCCAACCAGGCCUCCCCUGUAAUAGUCAGCAGGCCUGGACCUGCCAGUCAAACACCAGUCAGGAGCCCUCAGUAUGAACAGUUUCCUCCAUUUGGAAGACCUCAGCCUCCCUUCUUGCAGCCCUUUCCUUCAGGCAGAAAUAAUCCAAACUCUGCCAUUGAGAGCCCCAGUAUAAAUGUUGGGAGCGUGUUUCGACCAGAACAAAGAGGUUUGCCUGACCUGGUUCCUGAUCCCAACUACGUCCAGGCUUCCACAUACAUCCAGAGAGCCCACAUGUACUCUCUGCGGUGUGCCGCCGAGGAAAAAUGUCUAUCAAGCACUGCCUAUAGCUCUGAGACCAGUGACUAUGAUGUAAGGGUCCUGCUGCGAUUCCCACAGCGAGUGAAGAACAAGGGCACAGCCGACUUCAUGCCUAAUAGGCCACGUCAUACCUGGGAAUGGCACAGCUGUCAUCAGCACUACCACAGCAUGGAUGAGUUCAGUCAUUAUGAUUUACUCGAGGUCAGCACUGGCCGUAAAGUGGCUGAGGGACACAAGGCUAGCUUCUGUCUGGAGGACACCACCUGUGACUUUGGGCAUUUGAAGCGUUAUGCCUGCACCUCUCACACUCAGGGUCUGAGCCCCAGCUGCUACGAUACAUACAACGCCGAUAUAGACUGCCAGUGGAUCGAUAUCACAGACAUUCAGCCUGGAAACUACAUAUUAAAGCUCCAAGUUAAUCCCAAGUUCUUGGUGAUGGAGUCGGACUUCACCAAUAACGUGGUUAGGUGUAACAUUCACUACACGGGACGGUUUGUCACAACAACAAACUGCAAGAUAGCACAGUCUUGAUCAGUCUCUGGAAGGCUGCCACAUUAGAGUGAACCCUGAUCGCUAUUCCAUUGAAAUGUGAAUGGAAUCCAUUUGUUGUCGGUUCGUUGUUGGUGUUAUUUGUCUCCAUUUCUCCGUGCUCUUCUGGGAUCCUUGGUCCAUGACGAGCGAGGAUUCCAGUGGCGCAGAGAGUGUGGAGGUCUCAAAUAAACAUGCACACUUGCACACUGUUGCAUAAUGUAUAUCGCAUGUCAAUAUCCCAAUAAUGAACCAUCACUCAUAUAUCCCUGCAACCUACGCCGCGAUGUUGUCCAGCCAAGUACAUUUGUCAUAUUGCAGCUCUACCAGUUUGAUUCGGUUACAUGCUAGGACUCGUCAUUGACUUUCAAAAUAGGUGUUUACUCUAUAGCCACACACAGCCACUGUCUUUGAAUUAUAAAUAGCAUGAAAUGGUGCCUGCGCUGCAAUGAGGGGCUCCAGACGAGUCAGGGUUCAGCUGCAAUCCAACAAAUAAAAUUAGGCGACACAGUCUUCCCAGGGCCAUUCAUCCAUGUAGUGUUGGGACAGAGAGAGAUGCCCAGUGACUCAGAAGAACUGUAAUGUGUUUUCUCUCUCUCUCUCUCUUUCUCUCUCUCUCUCCCUCCCUCCCUCUCUUCACUGCCUCAGCAGGUCAAGCUGGGAUACUGUGACUUUCUGGGCACGUUGUGUUUAAUGUUGUGUUAACAGCAAGAGUGAGACAGCAGGUCAUAUUUGCAUUUGUCAACAUCAAAUUAUAAGUCAGCAAAAAGUCAGACUGUCUGCUGACUGCUGGACGCUGCGCUCCCCUAAAUCCUUGCACAUUUGGCACCGUGUCCUUAUUCCUUUCUUAUUUCAAUAAAACAGGAACAGGAAGCUCGGUUGGCAGAAAAAGGUGCUUUCAAGAAAAAUCAAAAAAAAAAAACCUGCAGCACGUAACCUGUGGCCUUACACCGUGAUCGCUUCUUCAGCUACCAACACUGGUCAGACGGCUCACCUUUUAAAGAAUGUACAUACAAAUACUCCACUGAUGCAUGACUUUAAUGAUAGAGAUUAUUUUGUUUUUUUGGACCUGAUCGUCUGAUUGUACUAUGUUUAUCCAUUUUAGCUUGUUGUUGUUAUUGUGAAACUCAAUGAGUUUAUUUUUUUUUCUUGAUAAUCAGAAUUAUUCAAUUAGUUUGUGUUGUUGGAUGAAAACACUACUGCUAAGUCUCAGUGUUAGAGUGCCAGAAAGCUGUUUCUACCUACCUCUCCAACUGAGUGAGCUGUGUCCAAUACAUAUCCCUGCAAUAGUUUACUAUGGUCUUGUACCACCACAUAUAUAUAUAUAUACUUUCAGUCCAUGUAUAUUUGACACCUGUUGUGUGUUUACUCUAAAGUCCCAGGAGACAGCAGGUGUUACUUGAACAGUUAAUUUGCAGAAACUCAACAGAAGUGGUGGAUAUGUUCGCAGUGCAGCCAAACAAACUCAUCUUCCUUAAACAGUCUGUAUUUUUAUUUUUAAACCGAGCAGCGUGCCACACGGUUCCGUUUCUCCCUGCACUAUUUAAAACAAUUCUUCCCUCCAAGAAGGCCCAGUAUUACCAUUGUCUUGUUUCCCUGAGGUAUUUUUGAUGAUGAACUUCAGUGACAAAAACACUGCAUUUCUUGUGUGCUCUACAAUAAAAGGCAACUUGUGUUUUGUCAGUGGAGCACUUUUGUUGUCAAGCAGCGACAGUACAAAAUAUUCUGUAUGUAACUGUUUACAGUACAUUUAUACCGGAGUGUGAGCAGCAAACUGGGAGGAUGUCGUCAGUGAGAUUAAACUACAAGCAUUAACAUGUGACCAUUAACCAUUAAUAACCACUUGAAUCAGGCAUGGAACAGUGGGCCCUGUCAGGGUCCAGUUGCCUUUGUGUCUGCUUUGUGUUUUGGAAAUUCCUUGACCUGGAUGACUGAGAACAUUCACAGACAAAUAAUAUUAGAGUCCAUUAAAGAGACAGUGUGUAGCUCUUGGGGAGAUAUAAGCAGAAGAUCCUCAGUGUAUAAACACUUGAGUUAAAAAGUUUGUGUUUUCAUUAGUUGGUUCUAUUCCACAAAACUCUCCAUUGUGCAAGAAAUUGUUUCCUCAGUAGCCCAAAGCAGUGAAACCAAAUAAUUAUUCUGUGGAGUGCUUUUUUGUGUUUUGUUUUUUUGUUGUCCCCCCCUCCAUUGUUAGUUGUCACUGUAGGUUUAUCUACUGCUUUUUAAGGGAGAGGUGAGGGAGGAGCUGUCAGUUAGUUGCAGUCUACAAUCUCACCACUAGGUGAAACUAAAUUAUACACACUGCUCCUUUAAAUAAUGAGCCUAAAGCUCAUUCAGUUUUCGUAUUAUUUAAUAGCCACUCCUGUACAUAGUUGGGUAUUACUAAAUGGCAGUUGACGAGGUGGUUAGUGCACAACAGUUGCUCAAAUAAGCAUUCAUAACAUAGAACAUCUGAGGGGUCGUCGUUGAUUUAAUGUUUUUAACGUUGUUCUGGUGACAAUUAAGUGCCAGAAUUAGUUUGUGUCCCUUAUAAAUUAGAUUUUUUUUUAUAAUUAUAUAUAUUAUUAUAUAUUUUUUUUAGCAGAUGACUUCACAGUAGGCAAAAUCUUAAGAACCCAAUGUAAUGGUCGUAUUUGUGCAGGUCUUUCAUAUUGUACUGUAAAUGCUCAGUUAUGUAAUUCAGUCGUGCUCUUGACCAUACUGUUCACGCUAGCGUCACAUGGAAUAAUGUGAUUCAGUGGACAGGGGUAAGCGACAGUUAUAUUCCACGUGUGACAUGUUUUGAUGCAAAGCUGUAUUAUUUUUGAAAACUGAACACAACCAACGUCUUCUACAAUAAAUACUUUUACACACA